AUGAAACAUUUCUUGGGUUUGUGUUCUUAUUACCUUCGACAUUUACCGAAUUUUGCGACUAUUGCCGAGCCGUUACGGAGGUUGACGCGCCAAAACCAGGAGUUUCGUUGGGCCACUGAACAAGACAAUGCUUACAUGACCAUACGAGCGAUGAUUGAAUCCACUCCCACGGUAGCGAUCUUCAAUGAGCACUGUCCAACGUUUGUUUCAACGGAUGCUUCAGAUGUUGGCUUGGGUGCAGUUCUGUCCCAGCUGCGCGAUGGCGAGGAGAAAGUGAUUGCGUACGCAUCACGUACCUUGUCUGAUACUGAAAGAAAUUAUUCCACCGGCGAGAAGGAGGCCCUCGCAUGCGUCUGGGCAUGUGAGAAAUGGCACUUUUACUUAUUCGGACGUCGAUUCACUUUGCGCACCGAUCAUUCUGCUCUUACAACGCUACUAAGUCGCGGUAACAAAGGCCAAAAGCCGGUACGCUUGAGUCGCUGGUACUCACGUUUAUUGAACUAUGAUUAUGAAAUAAAAUACGUGCCAGGGUGCUUUAACCAACUUGCAGAUGCCUUGUCGAGACUCCCACUGUCCAACGAAGGGGAAAACGAGGACUUAGAGGAGGUAAAAAUGAUAUCGCAGCUCUCAGACGGAACACCUACAAUAACAUUUGACCUGAUACGAGAGCACACUGACAAAGACCCUGUCCUAGCGAAGCUUCGGGAGUACAUAUCCACUUCAUGGCCCAGUCGUACCAAGAUCCAACCUGAGUUACUUCCAUACUAUACCCUACGGAACGAGCUUUCUACUGUGAGCAACUGCAUUAUUAGAGGCGAGCAGUUUGUGGUCCCUGCAACCCUUAUUCCUAUGGUGGUUGCAUGUGCGCAUGAAGGUCAUCCAGGGAUUGUGCGAACAAAAGCUCGGAUACGACAAUACUAUUGGUGGCCGAAGUUGAAUUCCAGC